AUGUAUUAUUCAGACUUUGGUAUGGGUGCUCAGGAAAGCACUGGAAGAAGGCAACAACAGGUGAUAGAUUUGAAAGAUGAUGUUCCACGUGACGCUAAAGCAUAUAAACUAUGGAGUCAUAUUCAUCAGGCAGUGAAGAACCAAAGCUUACCCUGCACGAUUUUCGUGAAGAAACUUGAUAGCAGUGAUGGAUCUUCGAAGUACUACGAAAAUGGUAUAAAGUUACUUAAACAGCUUAAACAUCCGUACAUUUUGAAGUUUUUGGAUGGGGCUUCCACAGCAAAUGAUGUGUCAUUAGUUACGGAGCGCGUUCAGAUGCUCGAUCAUUCGAUCGAAUCCCUAUCAAUAGAUGAAAUACAAUCCGGGUUAUAUCACAUUUUAGAAGCUGUUCUUUUCCUCCAUACUAAGGCCUCAUUAUCUCACAAUAAUCUUACCCCGGCCUCGAUUUUUGUUGCAAGUAAUGGAGAAUGGAAGCUUGGCGGGAUAGUCACAAAUUCCUGCAGUCUCAAUUCAGCUCUUCCGUCCGUCUACCUGAGUAUCUGCCUCCAAAAGAGCCUUGUAAUAGUCAAAGAGAAGGAUUCCGCCCGAAUUCAGGUCUCAUUGAAUAAGGCCGAAGAAAAAGUCCGAAGUCUUCGUGAAAUUGCUGCUCAAUUGACUACUGGAGAUCCUGCACAGCGAAUUCAACUACAUGUGGUCUUUGCACAUCCAGCUUUAUCCAAUUCUCUCAUUCAAAUAAUCGAGUUUUGUAAUACUAUUCAUCUGAGGACUGAUGAAGAAAAAGACGAAUUCUUCAGGGAUAUUGUACCUCGUUUACGCUGCAUUCCGGGUGAUGUUGUUGCACGGAGGCUUUCCCGUUUACUUUUAUCUCGUUAUGUCCUCCUUGAAACACGAUGCCAAUCAGAACUUUAUCCAGCUUUGCUAGUUCCUGCAGGAGAUCAAAAUGGAAUUCUUUCCCGUGACCACUUUCAACGCCAUAUGAUACCCGAAAUAUUGCGGUUGUUCAAAGUACGGGAGUCAGCGGUUCGUAUAGUACUUCUUUCGCAUUUCAAUGGCUACGCUCGUUACAUUCCUCAUGAACGUCUUGUUGGAUUUGUCACCGAUGAGGUGAUUCAAGGAUGCUUUGACAGUGACAGUCAGUUGGUGGCUGCUUCUCUUAGAGCACUGGCUACAUUAGUGGAGAUUGCAGGUGCUGAUGCAGUUUGUCCGUGGCCUAUUUCAAAAACAUUUGCCAACGGAUCACCAAUGAGAUCCCGUGCAUCUGCGUAUGCAACAUCUAAUUUCUUCUCUGUGAACUACGUCGAUGGUACGAAAGUCAACGAUGGAGCUGAAACCGAAAAGAAAGUUUCUGCUGCCGUCAGUGGUGAUCAAACCGGGUCAUGGAGCGACGAGGGAAUCGCAGAUUGGAACAAUGAUUCGUCGUGGUCAGCUGAUUGGAAAGGAGACGACAAGUCAACAUCUGAUCAUGAACCAGAACCUGCAAAGGAGAUCCCUGACGUUGUUGAAUCCCACAGUUCCACCUUUAGGGUGAACACACCCCCUGAUUCUAAAAAGGGCAUAGGUAGCGAAUUUGAGAUCAGCGUUCCGACGCAACGAAGUCUUGAGGACGAACUGCUGGCCGAUCUUACACCGAAAAUUACCACUAAAUCUCUUGUCGAUCAACUGAGUACUCUUCAAAGCACAAUCAAUGCGCUAUCUGCAGCCAAAAAAGUCCCACCGAAAUUUGCUAUGGUCGAGACAGUGGACGAAACUGAAGGAUGGGAUGAAACUAUGAAUGAGAGUCUCACCAGUGUUGAGGAUGUUGUAAUGGUAUGCUCAAGAGCUAAUGCUUAA